UCCAUUCCUCAUUCAUAAACCCUAGGAUCUCGCUCUCUUCGCUCGCUCUCUCUCUCUCUCUGCACAGCAUCGUUGAAACAAUGGGUUCCAACGAACAAACGGUGCUGCAGUUCGUACCAUCACCAACGAGCGUGUCGGCUAGGGUUCAUCCUCUGGUCAUAUUCAACAUCUGCGAUUGCUAUGUGAGGCGACCGGACCAAGCCGAGCGCGUAAUCGGCACACUCCUCGGAUCGGUGUUGCCUGACGGAACUGUUGAUAUUCGCAACUCUUAUGCCGUUCCUCACAAUGAAUCUUCCGACCAGGUUGCAUUGGAUAUCGAUUAUCAUCACAAUAUGUUGUCAUCACACCAGAAGGUGAACCCGAAGGAAGUCAUUGUUGGAUGGUUUUCAACUGGUACAGUCACCGGUGGCAGUGCUUUGAUCCAUGAGUUUUACUCUAGAGAAGUUAGCAAUCCUAUUCAUUUGACUGUUGAUACUGAAUUCAGAAGCGGAAAUGCUGCAAUAAAGGCCUUUAUCUCUGUUAGUCUGUCUCUUGGGGAUUUACAACUUGCUGCACAAUUUCAAGAAAUUCCGUUGGACUUACGUAUGGUUGAGGCAGAGCAGAUUGGAUUUGAUGUACUUAAGCCAACAAAUGUAGACAAGCUUCCCAGUGAUCUUGAGGGGAUGGAAGCCUCAAUGGAACGCUUGCUUGCUCUUAUAGAUGAUGUUUACAAAUAUGUAGAUGAUGUUGUGGAAGGGCGUGUUGCCCCUGACAAUAAAAUUGGAAGAUUUAUAUCUAACACCGUAACAUCCCUCCCGAAACUAUCACCACAUGCUUUUGAUAAGCUAAUGAAUGAUAGUCUGCAGGACCAACUUCUGUUACUUUAUUUGUCUAGUAUUACAAGAACACAACUCAGCUUAGCUGAAAAGCUGAAUACGGCUGCGCAGAUCCUGUAGUAGACUCCGGUUUUGCUUCUGUGGGACUCCCUCCAAUGUAGUAGCUCAUCUAUAUAUUUUUUUCUAUUGUUGUACGUUACCUGCAUUUUAUUGGUGCUGUACUCCAACCCGAAAAUUUUAUUUUGUGAUCUGGAUCUGAGCAAUUUUGAGUAAAACUACUAACUUUCUUUUGUUCUCA